GAGAGUCGGUCAGUUUGCAGGGCAAAAUCGAAUCCGAACGAUGGCUACCACUAUCAACUGCGUCCGGUCGUGUUCUUGGGCUAAAGUGUUGCUGGUGCUGCUGUGGUGCGCUCAGCUGGUUAGUGCCGGCGAGCCGAAUGCGGCCUGCAAAACGAUGCCCUCGAUGGGCAAAGACGAUAACGACGAGAAGUGUUGUGAAAUGCCGGAGAUAUUCCCCAACGAAACGCUGCACCAGUGCAUGGAAGACUUUGAGCGGUCCAGUGUGUCGCAGCUGCAGAAGAGUUGUCAAUUUUCUGCCUGCGUACUGAAGAAGCACAACCUCGUGAAGUCGGAUGGGAAGCUGGACACGGAUCAGAUCAAGUCGUACAUUAAGGACCAGAUCAAAACAUCGGACGAAUGGAAGGGACUGAUCGAGAAGGCUGUCCUGGAGGAUUGUUUACCGAUGAUCGAGAAGGAUUCGACCAUUGUGAAGCAGAUGAAGAGCUCGCUGGGCGAUUGUGAACCGACAUCGGCCCUGGCGAUUGCGUGCGCUGUGGCCAAGCUGUUUGGAAACUGCCCCAGCAAGGACUGGACAGGAAGUCCCGUGUGUGACGAAUGGAGGACGUUCUUGACAAAGUGUUCCGGCUCGAUGGACGAUUUGAACGCGAUCUACAUGCUCAUAGAAUCCCAGAAGUUGACGUAAGAUCGAGGCACAAAAUGCCAUUAUAUGGGACAUUGGAUAUUGGCUGGAGGGCUUGUUUCUUCAUCCCAAGAAGUAUGUGAAUUUGGAAACCAAAUAAAAUCUUUAUCAUCUCUACCUUCGCUUAACGCAUUGCAAA